AUGGUUGAAAUGCCCAACAACACGUCCCCAGAUCUCUGGCAGGAGGGCGCUGAAUCAAACGGUGAGCGAUCGCCCUGUGUGCUCGGAGCCAUUCCCAUCAUUUACUACAGCGGCUUGCUGUGCGUGGGGUUGCCAGUAAAUAUCCUGAACGUAAUUGUCCUCUCGCACCUGGCCAUCAAGACACACAAGUCCUCCUACUGCUACCUCCUCUCGCUCUCCGCCUCCGACAUCCUCACCCAGUUCUUCAUCAUCUUUGUCGGCUUCAUCCUGGAGACGGCCAUUCUCCACCGCAAGAUCCCGCCCACCAUGGUCCACACCGUCAGCGUGCUGGAGUUUGCGGCCAACCACGCCUCCAUCUGGAUUACCGUGGUGAUGACCAUCGACCGCUACUACGCCCUGUGCCACCCGCUGAGGUACCGCACGGUGUCCUACCCCGAGCGCACCCACAGAGUCAUCGCCGUGGUCUUUGUGAUGUCUCUGAUCACCGCCAUCCCAUUUUACUGGUGGUCUGAUCUCUGGCGGGUCAGUAACCCACCCACGGCCUUGGACCAAGUGCUGAUCUGGAUGCACUGUUUCAUCAUAUACUUCAUUCCGUGCACCAUAUUCCUCAUCGUCAACUCGAUGAUAGUCUUCAGGCUGAAGAAGAAGGAGGCACUGGCCAACCGCUCGAGCAAGACCACCGCCAUCUUGUUGACGGUGACGACCGUCUUCGCCAUCCUCUGGGCGCCAAGGACGGUGGUCAUUAUUUAUCACCUCUACGUGGCGUCGGUGAACAAGAGCUGGAAGGUCCACCUCAUGCUCGAUCUGGCCAACAUGUUGGCCAUGUUGAGCACCGCCAUCAACUUCUUCCUCUACUGCUUCGUCAGCAAGCAGUUUCGGUUAACAGUAAAAGAGGUCCUCCUGUCCUUCUGCAAACACUAAAGGGGCUUUGCAGCUCCAGGCUGCGGGCAACGUUAGUGAACCCACCCACCAUGGCUUUAUAGGCAAUGCAAUCACACCCCAGAUUAUAAUCGAUCCCCAGAACAGUCUGUAAACUGGAAGUGGGAAACGAUCCAUCAUAUGUAGGGAGGAACUGCAGAUGCUGGUUUAAACCGAAGACGGAUACCAGAGG